AUGCCCAACGUUGUCAUCUGUCAAAUCUCCAAAACGUCAUACCCGACUCUCGCCAAUAUCUCAUACCUGAAAGACAAGUUCGUGGACGGGAAGUGGCACCCUGAGAAGUUCCACCCCAGUAACAUGACAGACUCAAAUAUCCAUCGCUCAGUGAGAGAGAUUGUGGAAAUCCUUCUAGAACACAAGGUGCCACUCAACGUCCUUUGGAGGGAAAAUGGCUAUUUCCGCGUGGCCAUUGACAGGUUCUGUCAGCGUGGAAGACCCAAGUUGACAGACACUGUUGGGCUAUCUGUGUUGUGGUUUGUCACACAAAAGUUCAAGAACUCCCAGGACACAUGGAGGAUUGAGGAGGACACAACGAACUACCAAGACUUUGACAAGAUUGUCGGGAAAAAAGACAAAGCAGGCGUCAUCAAUCCCGGCGGAAAAGUCCUUGAGCCGGAGAUGGUGAUGGUGACGAGGCAGACAAUGAAGAGUAUCAUGAAAGACUCCCCAUUGCCAUCGUCAAGCUUGGGCAAUCAGAGCGACGCUGCACGGGGCAGUCAGGGCAAUCAAGUUGCCAACAACGGUGAAGCCGUUCAUGCCAGCCAGCAGAAUAGCGAAAGAGAGGGAGAGGCACAAGACGACGGGGACAGCCAAGGCGACGGGGACAGCCUGAGCACAGUCAGCCCCCAGAAAUCGAAGAGAAAACGCCUCGAAUCCUUGGGCGAUGAUGACGAGAGCCGACCGAGCCAAGAGGUGGACGAGAUAGACAAAUUGGCACAGGAGUUGGGCGCCAGCGACGAGGCCCUAGCGGAAGCCAACAAGCUCCUAGCAGAGCGACAAAAAAAGCAGGAAAGACUGGAAAGGGUGAUCGCGUCGAUAAAUGAGGAGAUCUCACUGGCUGCAGUCGAAGCAGAGCUGCUCACUUGGGCCGUGGGUGCCAAUAUUAUCACGGAUCCAACCUCACAGGCAAGCACCCCAGACGGGGAGUUGAGGGCAUCCCGUGUUGAAAAUCGCCGGCAAGAUCUUGGCCUCUACACUAAUAUGUUAGAGUUCGUCGAGAGGGAAGAGCAUGGGCUUCUGAUCCAAGUCGAGGAACUGGAACAAGAGAGGCAGGUGUUGGAGGAGGAGCGGUGCGAAAUGACCGAAGCCCUCAUGACGCAAUUAAAGCAAUGA